CUGUAUCAGCUCUCUCUCUUUCUCUUCCUCCCUCCCUCUGUCAAGUCUCCACCUCACACUCUCUACCAGUCAGACUUUCACUCCUCACGCUUCAUAUUGCUCUGAUUUUCCUCGUUUAUCUUGACACCAGCAAAGGCGGCCCAUGUGACCGAGAUCAGUCAUGGAGGAACCGCCACAAAUCGAUCUGACCUACAUCACUGAAAGCAUCAUCACCAUAUUCUGCCCUCUGGGAUGUCCAGAGGAGAUCUACCUGCAGAACCUGCAGGAGAUUAUUCCCAUGCUGCAGUCCAAACAUGGGCACCACUACAUGCUCAUCAACCUCUCACAGAGAAACGAAGCUCUCACCCAAAUGAACCACAAGGUUUUGGACACAGGCUGGGUGGAUCUGUUGGCUCCUGACUUGGAUCAGAUCUUCACUGUGUGCACGACGAUGAAGAACUGGCUGCAGACACAUCAGAAACAUGUUCUGGUGUUACACUGCAGGGGAGGUAAAGGCCGACUUGGAGUUCUGGUGGCUUCUUACAUCCACUACAGCAACAUGUCAGCCAGUGCAGACCUUUCUCUCGACCACUUUGCCAUGAGGAGGUUCUACAAUGACAAGCUGUCCGCUCUGAUGACGCCCUCGCAAAAACGGUACGUGUGGAUGCUGGGGAGCAUGUUAAAGGGAGGACUGAGGAUGUGUCCCUCUCCGUCUUUCCUCCUGUGUGUCGUUCUUCACGGUCUUCCCAAAAUAAGACCAGAUGAAGCAUGUUGUCUCUUCCUGAGAGUCUACCAGAGUCUACAAGCUGUUUGCACGUCAGCCGUCUACCAUGUUAAUGCGGCCCAGACAGACCGGCUCUACUUCGUGCUGCAGCCGGCUCAGCUGCUCAAAGGAGACAUCAUGGUGGUUUGUUAUGAUAAAAACAUUUUGUCAGCGAGCCGGCAGGUUGUCUUCCGUCUCCAGUUUCAUACGGGCCUCGUACAGGGACACAACCUCACUUUCUGUAAGGCGGACCUGGAUUGUGCCAGUGAAGAUCCUCGCUUCCCAGAAGAUGGAAAAGUGGAGCUUUUGCUUUCCGACAGCCCUGAGAAGUUUACAGGCAGAGAGCUGUGGCACAACGGAUGCAGUGUGACGGUGGACUAUGACACCUUGGACCCUUUGGUUAGACGAGACUCAUAUCAAGACACGUCUUGUCUUCAAACAGCUCCACUUCAUGUCCCGGACCCUGGAGUGAGGAAGAAGAGCAGUGAGGAAGGAGCAUCGUUCCGCCUGACCACCAGCAGCCCGAGCUGCAGCGAGCGAGCUCCGUCUGCCAGCAGUGACUCGGGCCUGUCAGUCGCCUCUCAGGGGCGGAGCGCAGCCGGACAGAGGAGAGGGGCCGCGGGGGACAAGUGUGCCCAGGCACGGAGGCUUUUCCCUGGGGUGGACUUUGAGAUUGCUCAGCCUCUUCUGGAGGUCAUGACUGAGCUUGUGGCGUGCGGUAGAGGGGAGGGGGAGAUGACUGCAGAUGAGUCUGGACUGGGACACACGCUCAAUGGGGAGGCUUCAUCCAGCGAGAGGGAAACGGAUAUAUUAGAUGAUGAAGAUGAGGUAAAUGGUGAAGCGGCUGCGGCUUCAGACCUGCCGAGCUCCAGCAGCAUCUGCUCCCUGUCCUCUGAGAACCUGCCUGAGAGUCAGAGACCGGCUGAGUACUCCACACACUCCUGGGUCCAGCAGCAGCAGAUCACAGACACCUACCUUCAAGCAGAUGGAGAGGAGAGGCCGACCAGGGGGCGGAAAGAGAGGCCACCACCUCUGGUAGCUCCCGACACGCCGCCUCGAGGACUCAGCAGCAGGGAAGCAGUGCAGAGAGGGCCGGGGGACGAGGACUCAGAUGUUACACACAACAUACAGUCUGGCAGUACGACACACACUUCGUCUUGCCAAGAAGAGGAUUUGUCCUCGUUGACCUCGGACAUUGACGAGUCCAUAGAGCAGCUGAACCAGCUGAUUCUGGAUUUGGACCCAACUUUUAUUCCUGUUCCUACCCGCUGCGCCCCUCUGUCCCGCUCCGCCUCCCUCUACACCAAUGGACUCAGCCACAAAGGAAAUACACAAUCGUCAGGUUGGAGGCAACAGAAGCAGGUCAGUGAUGUGACGGACUACGCUGGUCUCCAUAGUCCAGGAUGGAGGCUGGAUGGUGCUCAGAGCUUCAGAGGCUCCCCAGCCUACAGUCCGCCCUUCUCACCAUCUCAGCAUGGGCAACUCUACAAAUCCAACAACGUGGACUAUCGGGGACAGACAGAUUCCCCGGACAUCGUCCCUGCUACACCGUCCUUCCCGGUGUCUCCUCCGACGCCCUACGUGAAACAUUUCUCAGAGUUUUCCCAGCUGAGGACGGGCGGGCAGUGGGACCAACACAGCUGGACACAAGAUUCCCGGAGUUUCCUGGACAGCAUGAACCACACCGGUGGCUCCACAGAGGGAGAGCUGUUCAGAUCAGACGUGUCCGUCACUCCUGCUUCCUGUCAGAGGAUCUUUGGCUCCAUGUGCUCCAUGUCAUCAGACAGCCCACUCCCACACAUGGACAGCUCCACUCCUCCUCCUGUGUGGCACGACCGGACUCCAAACUCCCUGAACUCCUCACCUCCUCUCUCCCUCAGCACUCCCAACGCCCACAGCUCUCCCCGGGGAGGUUUGAGAGGUCUGGGCGGAGGUCCGGGGCUCCGUAGUGAGACGGAUAGUACGGACUUGUCCUCGUUGUUGUUGGGGAACGGCGGGCUGGAGCACAGCCUGCUGGAGGCCGUGGAGGGCCUGGGGAGUCUGAACCUCGGGGCAGACGGGGGCCUCCCUCCACUGCUGCCUGAGAAGAGGAGAGUGGGUGAGGGAGGGGAGCUCGGCUCCCGCUCUCCCUCUCUAAGCGGGUUCUCCAGCCCUCACAGUGGCAGCAGUCUCAGCAUCCCUUUCUCCUCCUCCAUGACCCCCGACCCCCUCAGAGGACUCGGCGGGGCCCCGUCGCCCGGAGCAGACUUUGGCAGUAAGCAGGACACUGUGAAGUUUGUUCAGGACACAUCCAAGUUCUGGUACAAGCCCGACAUUUCCAGAGACCAAGCCAUCGCAGUGCUGAAGGACAAAGAGCCGGGCUCGUUCAUUGUCAGAGACAGCCAUUCAUUUCGAGGGGCAUACGGGUUGGCCAUGAAGGUGGCCACACCUCCUCCGUCUGUGUUACAACAGAGUAAGAAAGUAGGAGACAUGUCCAAUGAGCUGGUGAGACACUUCCUGAUAGAGUGCACGCAGAAAGGAGUUCGUCUCAAGGGCUGCCCCAACGAGCCGUACUUUGGAAGUCUCACAGCUCUGGUUUGUCAGCACUCCAUCACCCCUCUGGCUCUGCCCUGUAAGCUCAUCCUGCCUGAUAGAGAUCCGGUGGAGGAUCUGAACGACUCGUCUGCACAGACGGCGACAAACUCGGCGGCUGAGCUCCUCAAACAAGGAGCAGCGUGUAACGUGUGGUACCUGGGCUCCGUGGAGCUGGAGUCUCUGACGGGACAUCAGGCGGUUCAGAAGGCGACCACGGUGACGCUCGCCAUGGACCCGCCUCCGGCGUCCACCGUCGUCCACUUCAAGGUGUCGGCCCAGGGAAUCACGCUCACUGACAACCAGAGGAAGUUGUUCUUCAGGAGACACUACGCUGUCAACACGGUCAUCUUCUGUUCUCUGGACCCACAGGGCAGGAAAUGGACAAGAGGCAGCGCUUCUACUGCAAAGAUCUUCGGAUUUGUAGCCAGAAAAUCUCAGAGUGACACUGAAAACAUGUGCCACCUGUUUGCUGAACACGACCCCGAGCAGCCGGCGAGCGCCAUCGUCAACUUUGUCUCAAAAGUUAUGAUUGGGUCACAUAAGAAGUGAAGAGAAAGAGACUCAGAGCGAAGACGAUGGACUGGGGAUCAACUUUCAACUCCAACAUGAUAUAAAUGAGUGUGGAUGUAAAAACAAGUAAACAAACUUCUCCUCCCAAAGGCCAAAAAACUCUGAACAAACACACUCCAGUGCCCGGUCCAUCCUGCAGAAUAAACUGUAUUUUGUACUGACUGCACUGCAGAAUGCCGCCACCAGAGGGAGCCGAGACUGGCGUGUAUAAAGUUUAACUCAUCAGCGGGAGGCUCCAACUACUUUAAGAUGCAUCUUGGAUUUCUUAAGAAAUAAUUGUAGAAAAUUAUAGACACUUUUCUGCUGAGGAUCUAGUAUGAAAAUCACAUUUUGACUACUUAAUAUGACCUGUAUCUCCAAACAUACUCUAAAUGGACCAUAUCACACUGACUUUUCAUGUUGCUGACGGCCACAGCUGACAAAUUAACACAUUUACGCCUGAUUAAACCUGAAAAAUAUCUGAUAUUCUGCACAUAAACACAGAUUUUUUUUAGUCUGACUAUAUUCUGGAUGCUUAUCUUUCCAGUAAAAGUGUGUAAAUCAGGUUUCAUCAUCACUUUUGUGCAAACCACAACCACAUUUCUAAAACAAAACAAA